AUGCAACAGAAGUAUCAAGGUUCAACAAGGGUUAAACGUGCUCAACUCCAGACUCUCCAACGUGAGUUUGAGCUCCUAACAAUGAAGGAUAGUGAGAAAGUCGACUGCUACAUUGGGCGCACACUUAGUGUUGUAAACAAAAUGAGAGCCAACGGUGAAUCAAUGGACUCCAACAUAGUGGUUAGCAAGAUUCUCAGGUCUUUAACCUCAAAAUUCAAUUAUGUGGUAUGUUCCAUCGAGGAAGCCAAUGACCUAAGCACCUUGAGUCUUGAUGAACUCCAUGGGAGUCUGCUUGUGCAUGAACAACGAAUGCAAGAUUCUCAACCAUCAAAAGAACAGGUACUACAAGUUACGCAGGAUGAUCGGACAAGUCGUGGCUGUGGCAGUGGUAGAGGAGGUCGAGAAUGA